AUGCCCAGCUGGCCGCGCAUGCAGAAACUAGGGAAGAAGUCGCGUGUGAACGGGCGCUCUCUGAAAGAGAAACCCGCUCUGGACCUGACGAAGAUGUCGUCUCUGGCGAGAGACGCCUCCCGCUGGCCUCCAGAGUUCAGCGAGUUCAGCGUUUCGAUACAAGGCUUGAGGACAGGAGAGCCGCAGCCAUGGCCGGAAACGUUCAAGGAAUGUGAGAAGCAGGUGUCGGCCUUGAUGGGCGAUGUCUUCGAAGAGCGUCGCCCCUUGCGUAACCGCCACGCGCUUUCUCUCAUGGUGGAGGAACUAGUUCUGCAAGGCCACGGCCCACAGCUCUUCUCGCUCUUUGUCUCCGAAAUAGAUUCUAGAAUCUCCAACAUCCUGUCCCGCAUCUACGCAUCGCUGUCACCAGACCUCACCUUCCUGCAUGCAAUCGCGGAGGGCUGGGCGGCCUUCAGACGCGCACUGCACGUCAUCUUGCAAGUCUUUUCGUAUUUGGAGAGACACUACGUCGCGUACUCCAGCGAGGUCUCGCUCGUCGACGUCUCCGAGUCGCUCUGGCUGAACCAGCAAAAGUGUCUCGGCCAGCAGUUCGAGGCAGUGCUCCUUCACACUCUUCUCCAGGCUAUCCAGUUGCAUCGAUCGGGAGACACGACUCGCGAACACGACGUUCAAGUCGUCACCAACAUGCUGUCCUCCCUCGGCAUCUACCACGACAUUUUCGAGCAGCGGUUUCUCGAGGCGUCUGCGGAGUUUUACACGAAGGAGAGCGCCGAGUUGUCUUCGGCUCUUUCAGUCGACGCGUACAGCAGCCACGCGGAGAGGCGGCUGCGAGAGGAGGACGGUCGCGCGUCUUUGUUCCUCGUCGAGGCGUCGCGGCAGCCGCUCCUCGACCUCGUGCGCUUCCAUCUCAUUGGCCAGCACGUCGACGUUUUGUCAGCAGUCCCCAGUUUGCGGAGCUUGGCGGAGGCGCGCAAGACGGCCGAGCUGGGGCGUCUGUACACCCUGCUGAGUCAAGUCGACAAACUGGAUGUCCUUCGCUUGCGCUUCGUCGAGGCCGUGCGCGACUCGGGGCUUCAUCUCCUCGCCCAGUUGCAGGAGCCUUCGGAGGCGGAGAAGAAGGACGGCAAAGAGCUGAAAGGGAAGGAGUUCACAGCCCAGUUGUUUGCGCUCAAGGACGCGCACGAGGCCGCCUGGUUCUUCGCCUUCAACCGCAAUCCACAGUUCAGUCUCGGCAUCAAGGAGGCCUGGGAGAAAUUUUUGAAUCACGACGUCGAAGCGUCGCGGAAGGUUACGCGCUUCCUGGCGAAAAGGUGCGACUCACUCUUGAGGGAGACGAAGAGCGCCGGUGAAGAUAUCGAAGCGGAGCUGGCAAAUGUCAUGGUGAUUUUUCGCUACCUCGAUUGCAAGGACUACUUCGAGGAGUUCUACCGGACAGAUUUGUGCAAACGCCUUCUCACUGGGAAAUCCGCGAGCGACGAUGCAGAAAAGGCGAUGGUUCAGAAGUUGAAAGACGAGUGUGGUCAACAGUACACGCACAAAAUGGAGAGUAUGUUCAAAGACGUUCACCUGUCUCGGCAAACGAUGGCUCUGUUCAAUGCGGACGCCGCCUCGCAGGAAGAAGUUGCCAAGACGGGGCUUGUGUUCGACGUCGCCACCUGUGCAGCGGGCACGUGGCCGCAGAGUGCGUCAGCUGAGCAGAUGCGUCUCCCGGCUGUCGCCGCAAAUCUCCAGCAACUGUUCUCGACCUUCUAUAAGGCGAAGCAUCCCGGCCGCAACCUGUCCUGGAUCUCGUCCCUCGGCGCAUGCGAAGUUCGUGCCACGUUCACAGUCAAUAGGCCGAGCAACUUCGUCGAGGCGCACCUGCCGACCCUUUCCGGCUCGCCGAUGCAGGUGGAGGACGAGCAGGAAGACAGCUCUCCAGUCUCUUCGCAUGCACCUCGGGCGUGGCCCGACUACGUGUUCAAAGUGUCGGAGCCGCAGGCGUGGAUUCUGCUUCUCUUCAACGGCAGAGACUCCUUGACAGUGCAGGAGAUCGCCGAGGCGACGGCCCUAGGUCCCGAAGAGCUCCAAAGACAGCUCCUCGCGCUGUAUGUGAACAAAGCAACGAGGAUUCUCUUGCGGCAAAAAGACGAGAACGAAGAGCGGUACUCGGUCAACUUCGACUUCCAGUCCAAACUGCGGCGCAUGCAGGUCUCUCAGAUUCAACUGACAUCUCAUCCGAAAGAGGAAAUUGCAAAGGUUGAGGCGCGCGUGUCUCAAGACCGUGACCACCAAAUCGACGCAUGCAUUGUGAGGAUUAUGAAGACGAGGAAGGAACUGCGGCACAACCUGCUGAUCGCUGAGGUGUCCAGUCAACUGUCUUUCAAGUGUGACCCAGCGAUGCUGAAGAAGCGAAUCGAGGCUCUGAUUCACCGCGAGUACCUGAAGCGGGAUGACGCCGAUCACAGUGUCUACAUUUAUGUCGCGUAG